AGGACCGACUGGCCCCUCCUCUCGGUCUCGGAAAGGAUAAAUAUAUUGAAUGGAUGGGCCCCAGGCAGUGGAUUGCACGCCUUGCUCCAGGGAGGACUCAUAGUGCAGCGUUAGCCUGGGACCAUACAGAGCGAGUGCCAUGGACAGAACAUCCGUUGUGAACUACUGCUUAGGACUCCUGAGUUUGUUAAUACUGCAGGGAGUGCUGAGUGUGGAUGGAAGGAGCACGUUCAACCCCGGAAACCGUGUUUUCAAUCCCAAAGAGGAUACAGAGGCCCAGAGCAAGAUUCUUGCACUCUUACUGCACAAGAGCCUAGUUCCAGUUGAAAAGGAAGAUCCUCUAGGUCUUGAACUGGCCAACAAAUUAGCUGAACUAGAGGGGCUCCGGGCGCUGAGGGAGGACCUGGAGCUGGAGAGGCAGAUCACCGCCAAUUUGGCCGAGGGCAAAGCUGUAGCUCAGAAGAGGGGCGAACCUUGCUUCUGGAAAUACUGUGUGUGAGACGGAUGCGAGAGGAGGAGGACCCCGGUGAAUUCCUGCUGCAAACCCAACAUAGCCUUAAGACUCACAGCACCAGUCAUAUUAUCACAAUGUAUUUAUUCCAGCAAUAUAGAGUUGUAUUAUAAUCAAUGUCAUCAAUAAAAUGUGUCUCAUGAAAGGUGUGAAGACUGUGGCUGUAAAAACCUGUGAUCUGUAAAUAUUCAGCUACUCCCUGGAAAUACUUGAGGGUCAGAUAUGAAAAAAUAAAUGUGUCUGUAAAGACAUAGUUAUUUUUUUUAUUCUUUUAUUUUUUUUAACAGGGAUAUUAAUUUGCCAUUUGCUUAUGUUUAUGUCGCUCACUUGUGGCUGUUUUGGGCAUAACAUGUUUGUUAACGCCAACAAACAUCUUGUUUGUCGUUGCUUUUAGAAACACACUCUCCUUCAUUUU